AUGGAUCCUCAAUUCCGUAGGGGAACUGGGGUAAAUAGAGAAGGAUUUGCAUUGAGCGGGAAAAUCAUGCUGACUGCGAUAACUGCAGUGUUAACUGUGGUGCUUUUUAUGGUGGGUCUUCAUCUUUAUGCUAGAUGCUACGCCCUCCGUUUGCGUCGCCGUCAGAUCCAACGCCGCCAUCGUUCUCACAUAAUGUUUCCCACUGACGCGGCCGCCUCUAUUAACCAAGGCCUUGUGCCGGCGGUAUUGAAUUCACUUCCGGUGUUCGUAUACUCCUCCAAGACUCACCCGGAGAUGCUCGUGUGCGCAGUGUGCUUAUCGGAAUUUGAGGAAACAGAAACGGCCCGUCUUUUACCGAAAUGUAAUCACUCUUUUCAUAUCGAGUGUAUUGAUAUGUGGUUUCAUUCUCAUUCUACGUGUCCUCUUUGUCGGUCUACGGUCGAACCGGUUCGUCUACCGGAGAAAACUCCGGUAGAGGUUGUGCUUAACGUUGAAGAACCGGUCGUGAAUGGAUGUGAACCGUGUACUAGCUCGAGUUCUGAUAAUAUGACGUCGUUGGGGGUACGGAGAACAGGGUUGGAUAUGGUUGGGGUGACUAUAGAGGUGUCGAGGAUAACUGAGUUCGAACUGAGAUCAUCUUCGAGUCACAGUUUGAGAUCGCCCGUGACUCGGUUGUUAUCGUUCAAUAGGGUUCUAAGCAUGAACAAAAAAUAUCCCGAUGGGCAUGACACAGUGUGGUGUCGAGAUGAGCCACGGUCCAUUGGGGACCAUCGAGUUGAACUUGGAGAAUGA